AUGCUGAGUCCCUUCUUGAGGCUGAGACCCAGCGUACGCUCCACUGUUGGACUGACAGUGCCGUUGGUACGCUACAGCUCAAGGUCUUCGUUUUACCAGGCUCCUGGAGCACACGUCAAGAAGUCCAAGACCAAAGAGGAGCUUCAAUUGGAGCAACUGGAGAGGGAUAUGAGGUCGUCGAAGUGGUAUGUGCGCUGGUGGGCGACGUUCCGCACCAAGGAGUUCCAGAAGAAGAUGACGUGGUACUACGUGGGCUCGUACGCUGUGUUUCUCUACCUGGGAUGGAAGUACAUGGGCGGACUGUACAAGAAAGACCAGGAGCUGGACGAGAUCACGGGCAAGAUGAAUACACAGGGGAAAGUUAACGAGUACGAGAUGCUUAGAUGGAAGCAGCUCACCGGGAAGGCCCGCUACAGGGACGAGAAGAAGCUCGCGGAGUACGAGAAGCUGAAGGCCAAGGGAGUCACGGACUUUGAUGGGAUGGAGAUCACCGUUGAAGGGUUGAACCACUGUCACGAGAAGAUCCUGCCUGCCAGGGACACCACUGGCUUCUACGACUCCAAGGCCGAGGAGUACGAUAAGGAUAUCGACUGGGAAGAGAAGAUGGUCUUUAUGGGCAAGAGACGGAAAUGGCUGAUGAAACACUGUCGUGGAGACGUUCUUGAGGUGUCAUGUGGUACUGGCCGUAAUAUCAAGUUCAUGGCGAUGGACCACAUCAAAUCAAUCACCUUUCUGGACUCAAGUGAGAAGAUGAUGGAGAUUGCCAACAAGAAGUUCAGGGAGAAGUUCCCUCUGUACAAGAACGCUGCGUUUGUCGUUGGUAGGGCCGAAGACCUUGUUGAUUUGGCACGAGGGAAGAGUGCUGAUAUUCAGCACUCGACGAUCAAGUACGACACCGUGAUCGAGGCCUUUGGCCUGUGUUCCCACGAGGACCCAGUGAGAGCACUGAAGAACUUUGCUGAGCUGCUGAAGCCUGGUGGCCGUAUUGUGCUCCUGGAGCACGGCCGUGGUGAGUACGACUUCAUCAACAACGUGCUGGAUAACAGAGCUGAGAAGAGACUGGAAACAUGGGGCUGUAGAUGGAACCUGGACAUCGGAGAGCUGCUAGACGAUAGUGGAUUGGAGAUCACCGAGGAGAAGAGAACACACCUGGGAACCACAUGGUGCAUCGUUGCAAAGAAGAAGGACGACAAGAAGCGUGACGAGGAGAUGACCUUUGUGGAGAAGUAUCUCUCUCCAGGUAUCCAGGAGAGACUACAAAAGAUGAAGGAAGAAGAGGAGAUCAUCGAGGCUAUGAAGAAGAAGAAGAACGAUUAA